UAUCAAAGCGGACGGGACGGGCGGAAGAGUUUUUGUUUUGAAAAUUGUUACUAAUUGUUCUAAAAAAUGCGAUUCCCCGAUGCUCGGAUCUGCAUGGAGGGUCAUGCCAAUGCCUUGGCCCUCAGCAAGGACAACACUCUGAUCGCAGUGGCCGGGCGCAGCUUGCUCAAGGUCUACUCCAUUGACGACUAUGGAUUUAGGGAAGUUUGCAAUAUGCGUGGCGGGAAGAACCAAAAUCUCAGCUACUCGUCCAAUGACGUUGCCUGGAGCACCAUGGACUGCAAUCUGUUGGCCACAGCUGCCACCAAUGGCGUCGUGUCCGUUUGGGACCACUCCAAGUGCGGACGCCAGAAGCAGCUGCUUGUCUACAACGAGCACGAGCGCACAGCCCACACCGUGACGUUCCACAGCAGCGAACCCAACAUAUUGAUCUCUGGCUCCCAGGAUGGCACCAUCAAGUGCUUUGACAUACGAUCGGACAAGUCCGUGAACACAUACUUCAGCAACUCGGAGUCCGUGCGCGAUGUCAAAUUCAGUCCACAUGCACAAAAUAUAUUCUCAGCCGUUUCGGAGAACGGCACCGUCCAGCUCUGGGAUAUGCGCAAGUGGGACAAGUGCAUGGUGCAGUUCACGGCGCAUUAUGGACCCGUCUACACCUGUGACUGGCAUCCCACGCGCAACUGGCUGGCCACCGGCAGUCGCGACAAGCAGAUUAAGGUGUGGGACAUGGAUGGCAGGCCAGGCCUGGAGUACACAAUACAUACGAUAGCUGUGGUGGGGCGAGUCAAGUGGCGACCAGAACGAACAUAUCACAUCGCUAGCUGCGCUUUGGUGGUGGACUACAGCAUUCAUGUCUGGGACAUACGUCGGCCCUAUAUACCAUUCGCCUCCUUCAAUGAGCAUACAAAUGUGACGACGGGCAUUGCGUGGCUGGGCAACGAUUCCCAUUGCCUGCUUUCCACCAGCAAGGACUCCACUCUGCACAAGCACGCCUUCGAGGAUGCCACACGGCCGGCGUUGAAGGCCAAUGCCCAGGGAGCCAGUCUGGGCCGAUACGGAGACAUAUCGUUUGCCAAUAAAAUCAAGGAAUACGCACCCAAGACGAGCGGCGCUUCCAAUACGAAAACCAGUUCUAGCUUCAUAAGUCGCCGAAAGUCCAUUGUUGCUGGUAGCAUUCAGUUCCACUUGGACCAUUCCAGGAUGUAUAAAUUCAUGGUUAAAGAUGCAUUUUCAGGCUUUCCCCUAAAUGAAUCGGAUUCGAAACCUCGCCAGGAGCAUGAAUGCUUUAUCGGAUGCGCCCGGGAGCUGAUUAUGAGCGGCAAGAAACUGGCCGAGUUGUGCGAGCACAAUUCGGAGGUGUCCAAGAAAUACGGUAGACACAACGCUACCACUUUGUGGAACUUUCUCAAGCUCUUCUAUGGCAGCAAUCACUUUGAGCCGCCUUUUGAGCAUCGCUCUUCGUUCUCGAAUCAAAAGAAUCCCAUCAACCAGCGGCGUGCCACUCAAGUGCCCAGCGAUUGGCCACAGCAACGCAGUGACCUGAGUCAGGACUUGAAUGGCAAUGCCCAGGAGGCGACACAUGAAAUUGAUGCUGCCAACGAGGAUGAUGAUCCACUGGGUGGCAGUGGAGUGGAGCAUCCGCCGACCAGUUCAGUGAUACUCUCCGAGACGCAAAUCAUCAGCGAGAUAAACUUUGAUAACUUUGAGCUGUUGCGCAAUGGUUUCAUUUAUGUGGGACCCACAGAUGCUGCCAAGGCGCUGGCAUUUCCUGCUCUACAUCACGAUGUGCAGGCAGCGCGGCCACAACUGGAGAUCAAGGCAUCUGACCAUGAAAAGUCUCCUCCGCCGCAUGUACCGACAGUUUUGAAGGUCAGCCAUGUACCGCCCAUUCCGAUGUGGGAGCCACACAAAUUUGUGGCCGAUGCUCUUAUGCUGCUAAAUGACGUGGGCGAUGUGCAAACUGCUUUGACUGUGAUAAUUUCUCUUGGUGAGGCACGCAAGCUGUUGCCGCUGGAAGACACUCUGGUUGAGCAUUGGUUUCACACCUAUGUGGAUCAGCUGCAUCGCUACGAGCUGUGGAACGAGGCCUGCGAGGUGAUCAACCGAUCCUGGCUGCGUUCCGUGCAGCAACUCAAUCAGCAGUCAACAGCAAUGCACACAAACUGCGGCGACUGUGGCCGUCAGCUGAGCAACAAAGUGGGCUGGUACUGCGACAAAUGCAAGUCCAUGCAGUCGGCCAAGUGCUGUGUAUGUGGUUUGAUUGUGCGCGGAGUGUACGCCUGGUGCCAGGGCUGCUCGCACGGCGGACACAUUGAGCAUCUGCAGAAGUACUUUGCCAAGCACUCAAAGUGCCCCAAGUGCGGCCACUUGUGCGCGUAUUCAUGAGAUGCGGAAGAAGCUGAGUAGUUUGGCUCAGCUUCCUGCCAACCGCAUUUGAACUGAAUGGGGUCUCCUUGCCGGAAUAACUAGCAGUUUGUUGAUUAGUUUUUAGGUAUAUUUAUGUCUCAAUGUAUAUCAAUGUUAAUGCUACUUUAUGAAGGUGCUCUUAAAGGGUAAUAUAACGACUACCUUUCAA